AAUAUACUCCGUAUAACGUGGGAAAACCUAAGACGAAAAAUGGUAUCAUCGGUGCUGCAUACCCCCAUGGAAAGGGAAAGAUAAACUGAAGAAAAGAAAGGAAAGCAAAUGAUAUUUUGACCCCAAUCCUCUGAUAAUCACUCCGUCAUGACUGGGUCAGAGGCGGCAAAAACUUCCUCCAAGAGACAAUCAUGGUUGGUUGACAGCAAUAGGAUUGCAACAAAAAUCAAGAGUGCAUCUGGCUUGUGUGAUCCGGAAAGAGUCCACUGGAAAAGCAACCCAAGUAGACCUUGCCCUAAUUGCCAACAUAUCAUUGACAAUAGUGAUGUAACUCAGGAGUGGCCAGGAUUACCCAAAGGUGUCAAAUUCGAUCCAUCUGAUCAAGAGAUUAUAUGGCAUUUACUUGCGAAAGCUGGUGUUGAGAACAUGAAACCCCAUCCUUUUAUUGACGAAUUCAUUCCAACUGUGAAUGAAGAUGACGGGAUUUGUUAUACCCAUCCUCAGAAUUUGCCAGGUGUUAAGCAAGAUGGAAGUGUUGCUCACUUUUUUCAUAGAGCAAUCAAGGCUUACAACACUGGAACUCGGAAGCGUAGAAAGAUAAACGGCGACGAUUUUGGCGAUGUUCGUUGGCACAAGACUGGAAGGACCAAACCGGUUAUAUUAGAUGGGGUCCAAACUGGAUGUAAGAAGAUUAUGGUGCUUUAUGUGACCCCAGUCAAGGGUGGGAAACCAGAGAAAACCAAUUGGGCACUGCAUCAGUAUCACUUGGGCUCUGGGGAAGAUGAAAAGGAUGGGGAAUAUGUGAUCUCCAAGGUGUUUUAUCAGCAGCAAGUAGUCAAGCAGAGUGAUAAAGUCGAACAAGAUUUGCCUGAAGAAGGCAAUGAUCUUAUGAUUGCAAAAGUAGAUCCAGUUACUCCGCAAUCUGUGACUCCCGAACCACCCCGGACGGAAAAAAGAGUUUCUGAUUUUGACGCUGUACAAGAUUUUGCUAUUUCUUGCGCCGAUCCUUAUUCUCAGCUUCAGAAUCACGAGAUGGGGCACUUUGAAGAUGAGGAGCAAGCUGUGUGUGGGAAUCCAAAUUUUCAAGACUCCCUUAUGGCAGAAAAUCAUGCUGAUCUAACGACAGAUAAUACUGACAAUCCGACUGGGGAAGAGCCAAAGUGGUGGGACAGUGAGUCUCAGAAUCUUUUAGACUCUCAGCAACUUGUGGAAGGGCUGUCCUUGUGUGAUGACCUUCUCCGGAGCCAGUCCCCUGGUAGGGACGAAAAUAUAAAUGGAGAAUUUAAUGGCAAGCCAUGCCUUUCUGACUAUUCUCGUUUAGGACCCGAGUGUUUGAAGAAAGAUUUAGAGGCGUGCCAAGAUCUGGCCCUUGAUCCGGCAAACAUAGAGCUCGAUACGCCCCCUGAUUUCCGGCUGAGCCAGCUUGAGUUUGGAUCGCAAGAUAGUUUCCUUGCGUGGGGUGGGAGCAAGGUGGUUGACUAAGCAUGGUUCAAACAUCCUCAUCAUCCCAGUCGCAGAUGAAACCCUGCCAACUCUGUAUUUUGUUUCCAUUUUCUCCCUCUAGACUUCGUUUAGUAAAUGGUAUUUGAGUAAACCUAAGAUACUCUUCGUGUUGGUGUAAAGUCGUCUUGAAAUUGGCUGAUUGUCUGGUCCAUUGGCUUGUCGGAAGACAUUUGAACAAAUGUCAGCUGGGUAUAAUCGUAACUGCAGCUUCAUGGCGGACUGUAAGCAAAUUUCCCUAACAUCAGCUUGUUUUAUAUGUUUCAGACAUUGACUUAACGCAUUUAUUACAUGCAUUUAUUCUCAGUGA